AUGGCUGGUUCAAUUGGAAACAUGGCUGCAGUGUACAAGAAGAAUUUCACAUAUGUUCCACCAUCACCACCGGCUGACCUCAUCGAAACUACAUGCUACACACUGRAUUUUGCGAACCGUAAAUUUGUGCAUAUCGGUAUUGAUCCGAGCGAAAAUUACGAAGUCGUAAAUAUAUUUACUUCAUCGCGGCAUGUCAAAAUAUUGCCUGAUUUUCUCCGGCGUAUAUUUUCACUGAUAGGUAAUAUGCUGUCAUUCGUAUUGGAGCAGACACUAACAUAUAAGCGCACGUUAUUUUUAGAAACCGAACUUUAUAAAAUAUCCAGUAUGGUGUAUGGCGGAGAAAAUGUGAUAGUGAUAGAAUCAAAAACUCAGGACGGGUGCAGAGUACUGUUGCAUCGGAAGGACCUUAUUCGUCUUCAAUAUCUCGAAUGUUGUAUUUUCGAAAGUAUCGUAAGGAAAUCAAUAUACACUGCUCAAUUAGUUAUAAAACAGACUGAUGAGUUUGCGACAUACCUACGUGAUAAAUGCAAUCUCCUUAAAUCGCCACCGAAAAAUUUAGAAGAGAUAAUGGUAUACGUUAAGAACACGCAAGACGAACGAAUGGACAAAUCUUUCCCAAACUUCUUAUUCUUCUUCUUUACCAAAGGCCAUGCCUUGUCGUUGCAAAUCUGGUACGCCAUAUGGUUGUCCUUCAUUGCUUAA